AUGAAGGUACUGGUUCGCAAAAAUCCAGAAGCCUUGUACCGAAAAGGAGUGGUUGAUUUUUUUUCGGAUAAGCACGAGGACUCAGCAUUGGAAAACCUGGAAGAAGCUGCUAAUUCAGGCCAUGCCGAUGCUGCAUAUGCGUUGGGAAUAAUUUACAUCUUUGUUGGUGGGGACGAGUUAAAGCGCAAAGGUAUGAGACUGCUCAUGAAAUCCAGAAUUCUUAAAGGCAGAGUGAAUCUUUGCCGUCAGAAUUUGCCAGCGCUGCUGAGGAUGAUAUGGGUCAAGAAUGCUGUGUUUCUAAACCCAACGCCCAUUUGUUGUGCCAUGACACAUGAGAGGAAAACAUCUUCAUGGCCUAUGGAUGCCGAUGAAGUGGAGGAGAGUACGUGUGAAGGGUGCGCUUGCGAUGAAGAAAUUCGAGCAAUUUGUGCUGCCCUGCCAUAUCGUUAG